UGAUUACAUUACUAUCCGAUGCGCGGUCUCUCAUAGACAGACAGCCAUAUGCUUCUGUUGAUGGGAAGAAAUGACGUUACCAUGCAAAACCAACAUCCCGAUUCUUCUCAUAUCGCCCAAUUGGCAUCCCGCCUUCGAGAGAGCAUCACAUCUUCUCAAAGACAUAAACUGCUUCUCCCCAUAAUAUCUUCUGACCCCGCCAUCUAGGAGAAAAAGGAAGCAGGACUAUCAUAUCUAAUCAAGUCGUUCCCGCGUGUCGUCCUCGUCGAACCAAACGAUUGGUUCCCCCUAGGCUCCCUAAAUUCUAAUAUCCGCAUCGAUGCACGAAUCACUUCAGCCCUGGAACGAGGCUCCCCGGGGACGCGUUUCCUUGCCAUGGUUCUGCUUGUUCAUGGGCUAGCGCACGUCAUCGGAAAGAAGUAUCACCUGGGUGAUCAGCAGCUUUCGUAUUGCUUUGUGCAACUCAAGGUUACGGAGGAUUCCCUAGCCGACUAUGGAUAUCAGUUGGAAACGGCCGUCUUUGGUGGAAUAAUUGGCGUGGUAUUUCUGAAUGGUACUGCCACAGAUCCUCAGCUCCCUGAUAUCGCGUAUUUCACAAUCCGGCCUCCCUCGGGAAAGAUAUGCAGGCUUGACAUCGAGCGCGUGGAAUCUUGGAACUUUGGGGGCGACGACAGCAAAUUCGCUCCCUUCCUUAUCGAAGGCCUUGACGAGUUGCAGAUGUCAUUCAAUGAUUUCCUCUCGUGUACUUGUGCGGUAGUGAAUGCGUCAUACGCGACUGUCAACAUCCCACCUGACAGGCUCCGAUAUGAACCGCGUAGGAUUGGCGAUAUGUUGAUAGUCCCUCCUAAACGUUGUAUGCGUUAAAUUUCCGUAAUUAACACACCUAAUUUGGAUAUAGACACGAUUCGAUAAAUCAUUGUACUCGAUAUCGCAGUGAGGAAACGGAAGGACAUUCAGGAGCAACGAUUGAUUUUGAUCAAGG